AUGUGGGACAUUACAGAGCCUUUCGAGUCCUCUCAAGCUGAUGAAGCAGCAGAAGCCUCAUCACCACUGUCCGUCUCCUCAGAAAAUGAAGAGUCAGCCCAAAAGGCAGAGCCUGCAGGUCAGCCGGUUGAUUCGUUGGAGUCCAGUACUUCACAGAGCAGGUCACAGAUUGGGUCGCUUGUGAGUGUGGGCACAACAGAGGAUUCAAAGGAAGAAGCUGGCACUUUGGAGGACCAGGAAGUGGCUGAAUUGGAAGAGAAGCUGCCUGACCAAAUCCCGUCCCUCAAAGAGGAAGCUGUUGUUCGGAUAACCAACUACCACGUACCUCAAGGAGCAGGGGAUAUAGUCAUGAUUCAGUCAGAUCACACUGGUGCUGUGGAUAUCCUUUCAGCAGAGCUGGAGACUGCAGACCUCCUCGGGGAGCAGAGGAAAGCUCAGCCUCCCCCUCUGGCUCCACCCACCAUGUGGACCACUGAGAAGACAAAGGAAUUCAAAGCCAAGAUGGGAAAGGAGAAGAAUUGCCAGAUGGUGGUGAAACGAGGCGAGGUGGUGACAGUCCGCGUGCCAACCCAUCCUGAUGGGAAAUGCAUUUGCUGGGAGUUUGCUACAGAUGACUACGACAUUGGGUUUGGAGUCUAUUUUGACUGGACCACAGUUACUAGCACUGCCAUUACUGUUCAGGUCAGCGAAUCCAGUGAUGAGGAGGAUGAAGAGGAGGAGGAGGAAAUCGAAGGACUUGCCCCUGUUGGUGAUGUGGAAAGGGGCGCCAAAAGCUACCUGCGGAACCGCUACGGAGAGAUCAUGCCGGUAUAUCGGAGGAACAGCCAUCGUGAGGUGCAGGCAGGCAGCCAUGAGUACCCAGGCGAAGGCAUCUACCUGCUGAAAUUUGAUAACUCAUACUCUCUCCUCCGCAAUAAGACUCUGUUCUUUCAUGUUUAUUACACUAGCUGAAGAAAUGGGAAGGGGCAGGGAUGGCAGGCAGGCAAUGAUGAAUGUAGCAGGCUGCCACCCAGCCCUGGUACCGCCUGAUGGGCACUGCUGCGUGACAGAACCAAGGCACAAUUCUGCCGGCUCCUCUUCAGACACUAACUGGUUUCUCCCCACACCCUCCUUCACUGCUGUCCCAGUGCAGAAAGGUAGUUCCACAGGCAGCUGCUAUUUCUGUAAAACUUCAGGGUGUCUGCUCUGUGCAGGCAUCGGGCUGGGCCUUCAUGUCACAGCUGGUAAAUGCCCAGAGGCCAGGUUCAGAUGGUCGUGGUUUUGAUCUGUUGCGCUGGUAUGAAAUGAAGUGAAAAUAUUCUUGGUCUGUUACUAUUCUGUGAAUAACUUCCAAGUCUCCUGCUGCAUCUGCAUCACUAGAGGGCAGCUCUUGGCUGCAGUGAGCCAAAAGCACAGCUGGCUUGUCACCUAGCCACUGAUAAUCUCAUCACCUACCACCACUACAUGUCACCAGCAGCCAAUGCUUCCUUCACUUGUGUGGGUGGGGGUGCAGCUGGCCAGCGGCAGCCCAUGCUGCAGUGGCAUGGCAGUCAUGGCAUGUGUUUGAACACGGGGUGGGGGGAGGGUGUGCACCUAAAAGUGCGUAAGAAAGUUUUCCUGCAGAUUAAGAAUUGGAUGUUAUACCUGUUCAUUGUAGGGAUAUGUAGAUGAUUAAAACUUCAGUGGCCACCAAAAGUUUUUUCUGUAAUCCAGAUAUGAAGCAGAAGAAAUUACUUACUGCUGUGCUGAACAAAUACAAAAAGGUUGGAGUACAACCAUUAAAUAUAUAGGAAAUGUUUCUUAGAAGCAGCAUGUUGGUUCACUGGUAUUGCUGCCAGCUAGAUAAUACCAUAUGUAGCAAGGAAAAGGCUCCCCAGAGAAGUGUAGCAUGUCAGCUGCUAUUGCUGUUGCAAAGGUAUUGUUAGAAAAGAACAUCUCUGCUCAGAAACUUGAAAGGUGUGGGAUUUAACCAAUCCUUUCUGUGAACCAGAAUCAACAGGGCUGUUGCUAACCCUGACCACAUGGUAAAGGAUGAAGUUCCUUGGCAUGUUUUGGUGGCUAGUGAUGGCAUUAGCGAUCACCUUCUGCUCAAGUACUGGCAGAGUUGAACAAGGAUUAAGUUAAUCCUUCAGAGAUGAAUUUUAAAUCAUGUUUAUCUGUAACUUGUUUAUUUUAAUACUUUUAACUUGAAAUCAUUCUCUUUUCUAAGAAUACUGCUGUAUUUACAUUUUGAUACCUCUUUGCAGAGACACAAAAUGGCUGUUUGCAUGGUGAUUUUAGUAGAGUUCUGAGUUUUAUUUUUAAAUCCUCCAGGUAACGCACCUCUACUUGGUCCAUUCCUUCUAUUGAGAGGGGAUGAUGGACGAAAUGAUUUUGGGGUAGUUAAAGCCAAAGAUUUCACUCUUAUAGGAGGGCCGCAUAUUUCCUAUUAAGGCUAUAUUGUAAUGCUGUGCAAUUUGCUCCAUAUUCAAGCUCUCCUUUUAACUAUCUCUGCUUACUUAUUCACUGCCCCAGAGCACAUAGUAGGUCAAAAAGGUGAGAGAGUGAGCAGUCAGUCUACAGCAGAGCAGCCCAAGCUGGGAGUAGGAGGAGUGGAAAUGCAAAGAACACUGGUUGGAGCACAGUGGCUUUCUGGGUGAGCAGGUAGGCAGCAGAGUUGUUGCUGCUUUGGGCCCUGAGAUGGGGAGAAAACAGCCACCAUUCUCAAAAGAGAGAGAGCGAGCAUGCACCUGGGCAGCAGGGGAACUGUAAUGCUGCCUUAUUCAAGCAGGGGCAACCACAGGACAACCUUGCAGGGAGACAGAAUGGUAGGGCCUGGUAUCUGUCAGAGUAAGAUGCUCUUUCAUUUAGCAGCUUGGAGAGAACUACUCCUUCCUUUAGCCUCUCUUGGAGGAGAUGAAGGACUAUCGUGUGGCCUUUGUACAGCACUUGAAUCAUCCCUGAGCAACUUGGGUAAGGUGUGCUCCUUAUUUUUUUUCAUCCUUUGUCUAUCAAGUUCCUAGACACUAAACAGAAGAAGGUAGAAAAGACCCUUCAGUCUGACCACAAUGUCAGCACUGCCCCAUGCAAUGACUGCCUUUGGUCCUUUGCUGUGAGAUCCGGAGAACCCUGUGUGCACUUGCUGGUUAAUGUAUGAUGCACUGUCUGGCACCCACUCCACUUCCUAAUUAGGAUUUAUUUAUGACGAAGGGAACUCUGACCUGUACAUAUAUUAGAUAUUCCACAAUUGUUGAUCCUCAGUUGCACAGCUUAUUGCAGGCUAGUGGGUUAUCUCCACUAAAAAACCUGUUUCCCUUAUAGGGUGGCCUCCCUGCCUGUUGCUAACUCGUAGUUACUUCCCCUUCUGACUGUUGCUUAUAUUAAGGUUUGAAAUACAUUUUGUCAUGUUGUAAGAAGUUAAUAAGGCCUGCCUCACAACCAAUUUUGAUCACUCACUGACACGUAAAUAGUAUGUGCCAGUUUUCAAGCCAUUAGUUAGUGGCUUUAGUUAAGAAAAGUUGCACUGUAGAUGGUAAUCCUAUUGCUCGGUUCUAGCUUUCUGAAGUGUUGACCAACCUUUAAUAAGGCUCUGGUCACUUGUUUGGAACUGUGACCAUGUCCUAGUCUCGUUGACCUAAGCCCAACAGCAGCAUUGAAUAUGGUAUGUCACCCCAAUCAGCAUGGUGCCCGAUCUGCAAAUGCACUGUGCUCAUAGAUAGGCCUGCUGCAGUGGAACUGGAAGUGUUUGGUGUGUGUUAUUUCACUGCUUCCCAGAAGUAUCUGGUAUCUCUUAGGAACACAAGAUAGUUUUAGGCACAGAAUAUUUCAUCUGCAGGAAACAGGAGCUUCCCAAUUGGACAGGAUAAUUCCUCUUUUUGUUUAUUUUUUUAAUUUCCACAUUAUAUGAGUGUGUUGUUUCUCAGGUAUUCAGAUAGCAUUCAUUAUCCAAGUGACAACUUCUCUUUGGAAGCAUAUAUAGUCUUUAUUCUUUUUCUGAUAAAUCCAAUAGCUUGGCUGUGUGGCUAGUGAUUAACAGCAGCCAUUCCCG